GGUGAGUGGAAGGGAGAGUGAAUGUUAGAAACAAAACACCAGAAAGUCAUGGGGAGAAAGCGGGGUGAGGUUGUGUGAGUGUUGGGCAGAACUACCGUGAAGUUGAUAGCAACGAUAGGUUCUUCUGUAACCCUGUCCUCGUCUUUGCUGUAGACGGAAGAGAAGCCGACACAACGCGUCUUCUCGUGCUUUGCAUUCGUUGAGCAAUCAGCGGUGAGCGCUCGGGAAAAACAGAAACAGACGUUUGGAAAGCCCGCGAGCUUCAGGAGUGAAUGGUUGAGCCCAGUCCCCCAGUGUUGCAUCUCCAUGCCAACGGUGAUGUCAGCAUGGUGGGCAUUGGUGUGAAGCAGGAGGAGGAGGAGUCUGGAGGGGAAGGGGGAGGAGCCAAAGCUGAGCCGCGCUCCUCUCCUGCCUGUGAUUGGUCAGGGCAUCAGCCAAUAGCGAGACCGGAGUCUAGACAGCUGACUCCUCCCCUCUCCCGCUCACCCUCAGAGGGCUCUCUGGGUAAGGAACAGUCUCAGAGUCCUGUGGGGAUGAAGGGGGGCAACAGGGGGUCCGACCACCGACCAGAGGGACACAAGCAGCCCACUGUCAGCGAAGUCAUGCCCACCAUAGAGAAGCUGCUGAGUGUCGACUGGAGGGAGAAACUUCUGGACAAAAGCUUCCUGGGAGGCAAUCACUUGAAAGGCACUCCAGAGUCUUUGGCAGAGAAGGAGCUGCAGUUGUUGUUGAUGAUCAACCAACUGAGUGGUCUGAGGGAGCAGCUGCUGGGAGCCCACUCUGAGCAGAGGAACAUGGCCACCCUGCUGUUGGAGAAACAACAGCAGCAGAUGGAGCUGGCCAGACAGCAGCAGGAACAGAUCGCCAAACAGCAGCAGCAGCUGAUCCAGCAGCAGCACAAAAUCAACCUGCUUCAGCAGCAGAUCCAGGUGAACAUGCCCUACGUGAUGAUCCCAGCCUUCCACCCCAACAACCAGCAACUACCUGUCACCUCCGACACACAGAUGACCAUGCCUCUGCAGCCAAUCCCCUGCAAGCCAGUGGACUAUCCCAUGCAUCUACUGCAGAACCUUCACUCCGCCCCUAUGAAAAGGCCCAGUGGUACCUUCCGACAGGAAGCCAGCCAGCCUCUGAACUUGACCUCCAAGCCCAAGGGGAUGGACAUUGGGAACAUCACCAGCCCGCAGUCCUUUAAGCUGGGCACGUUGACACUGCAGGGGGGGUACAGACCCAGAGACAACCAUAGAGACAGCCCCUCACGACCUGCACUUAACCUGGGAUUUCUGGGAGAGGGGGAUGUGGUCACCCAGGCCAUCCAUGAUGCCCAGCAGCUGCUGCGGAGUCAUGGGCCGGGCGGAAGAGAGCGGGAGCGAGAGAGAGAGAGCACUGCCAGGAUGGUAAGCCAUUCAGAGAGAGACAGGGAGAGGGGGAUGAGGGACGGCCAGACCCUCCAAACCAACGAGGACCAUCACAGCAGCGACUCUGAGGGCCCCCUAUCUGCUCCUGGUGUUGGGGUGUUUGCGGAGGUUCGCAGCCCCCCCUCCUCCGUCCACAUCAAGAGGCCCAUGAACGCCUUUAUGGUCUGGGCCAAAGACGAGAGGCGACGUAUACUACAGGCCUUCCCUGACAUGCACAACUCCUCCAUCAGCAAGAUACUGGGAACUAGAUGGAAGUCUAUGUCUAACCAGGAGAAGCAGCCCUACUAUGAGGAGCAGGCCAGGCUGAGCCGACAGCACCUGGAGCGUUACCCCGACUACAAGUACAAGCCCCGCCCCAAACGCACCUGCAUCGUGGAGGGGCGGAGACUCCGGGUGGGCGAGUACAAAGCCAUGAUGAAGAACCGGAGACAGGAGCAGAGAGGGGCAUACCCACACAGCCAAUCAGAGCCACAGCAGCUGCACUACACCCCCGGCGAGGGCCAAUACCCAGGCGGUGGUGGGACGGUCUCCAUGGCAACAGUGCCAUUCCACCCCACGCUAUUGGAGCACUACCUGCCGCGAGGGCUGGAGGCUCCGCCUAGUCGCAGACCUGAGGGACAGGCCAUGCCCACUCCUCUCCCCAGAGAGAGGGAGAGACCGCCGUACAGUGAGGGGGAGGAGAGCGACGGCGGAGAGAGAAGUGAGGGAGAGCUAGUGCUCCUCACUGACUGACAGAGAGAAGAAAGGGAAAAGGUGUGUGUGUAGAGAAGUGAAUAAAAAAGGGUGUGUCUGUAGAAGGGGAUCUUGGACCAUAUCAAGUGUGUCAUAUGACCAUGUCAGCAGAGCCUGUGUCUGUCCCAACACUCUAAGAUGAAUCCCAUUCUUUAUCUAAUCACUGAUCUGGUCACAGAAGACUAGGGUCUAAACUAAUAGUUCUCACUUUUAGAUCAGUGAGAGUCAAGAGAUGGGGAAAUAGACCGUAGUAAAUGCCCCACCCUUAUAAAAUAAUACAAUUGGACAUUGAUCAAACACACAGAGACACACAUCAACCCUAUCUGUGUAUGUUUAUUUUUCCUACAAACAGAUGUUGUCAUCCCAGAUGUUAGUUGUUGGUAAUCUGCUGUAGGCCCACCAGUAUCUGUUAUUCAGCUCUACAUGUCAAACAUUUCCCAUUCUCCCCCAUAGUUCACAAUUAAACAAUGAAAUCCCAAAUAGCGCUAGCAGGGGCAUCUUCUUGAGAGGAACCGGACUCGAGGAGGAGCCCAUCCUUCUGACUGGCUCGACAGGUUACGUUUACUGAGAGUUGUUUGUUACAACAUUAAAGGUAUGUCCUUUACACAUGAAUCUGGCAGCUGAAUCUAAAAGAUCAUGGGUCAUAUGAUAUAUUGGGCUGUUCAUGUUGCUGCUACGUACCUAAUCAACAGGGUAGGAGUGUAGCUAGUGAUAAAGGGCACAUUCACAAUGUGUAGCAGAAUGAGUUGAGAUCGACUGGUUUAGACUGGCAGUCCAUUAUUGUCCCUUACAAGCAUUGACGUAGAUGUUUCCUUUAAGCACAGAUCAAUAUCCGAUGACUGGAUCCUUAUAAACCUGAAACAUUAAGGCCGGGUAUUAAAAAUAUCUGACCGGGUAUCAGUAGUUAGGGAGAGGUCUGAAUGAGUGCUGCCCUCUGCUGUUUGGGAUCAGCACAGCACCAUGAAAUACCCAUAUUUUAUUUCAUUUUCAAUUAUUACACAGAUGACCUGGUCUAUGGUGAUUAGAGGUUAUAUAAUCCCCAUUAGCCAAUGGACUUCCACUCAACACUCAUCUCCUUUCCAAAACAGAGCCAAAGACUUCACCUAAAUAGUCAAGUGGCCUUCAUCUCAAAUCCUCCUCUUCAUAUGCACUAACAACAAAACAGGAUAAGUAAAAGCAAUAGGGGAGAUUCCUCCUGCUAGUUUUUCACAUUGGUGCAAGUGGAGUAGGGGAGGUGAGGAAUUCACUUUAGAUUAUCGAGAUGCACCCAAUGUUUCAGUUAUUGCACUUGCGAUAGUCUAUCAGCAGUUACAUCUAGUGUAAUGAGGAGAAAUGUUUAAGGAAUCCCCUUCCAAGCCCUUAUUGUAGAUUAAUCUAAUCCUUCUCUAUUAUCUAGUUGUGUACAACUGUAAGUGCAUCUUUCAAUCAAUUUAUUUUGGACCUGGGUUUACAAUGUACUCAUCGCAGAAUGUUUUUUUUACAUGUAUGUAUCUCCGUAUGUGUUGGAGUAUUGAACUCAAAGGUUGGCCUGAACACCUUGUCUGUGUACCCUGACAUUCUGGCCUCUUGUCUUGACCACAGCUGUUUCUCUGUCCAUGUACUGCAGUCAGAAGUCACUGUAGGGCCAUUUGGCUUCACAAACAAGGAUCCAUCUCAAGGUCCUACGUCUCUUCCUCUCCUUUCCUUAAUCAGAUCAGUGCAGAUGGAGAAACCAAAAUAGGAAGCCACUUUACACUAUUGGGAUGCAGCCUUCAUCACAAUGUACUGGACAGAAGAGAGGGGUCAGAUUUCUGAUGUAAUCUCCAUGUUAACGGAGACAGGCUUGUGGUUAGUUGCUGUCACACUGCAGUAAAACCUUUGUGCGUUGAUUGGGGAGUACUAUAGUAUGAAGUUGCACCUGGACACUGAUCUAUGGUCAGUUUUACAUUUGCACCAAUAAAUGUUAAGGCUAUGAUGUGGGUGGGGUAGAUUGAUCCCAGGUCUGUGGCUACUGACAACUUCUACCCAGAACCAAGGGGAUGGCACUGUUAGAAGAGGCUGGGACUGUGUACAUAUCAGAUGAACAUUUUUAUAUAAUUACAGAAAAACGUUGUCACACCUGCUGAUGUAAAUAUAGACUUUAUUUUGUUUAUAAGAGCCUGUGUAAUCUAAAGGUGUACAUUUUCCAAGUUGUGGUUUGUUUUUAGAAAAUAAUAAAUAGCUUGUUAUUUGUG